AUGGGAACAAGUCAUGUGUAUAAUGGAGUUAAAAGUGAUGAGAAGAACGAAGAGGAGAUGCAUGUGAACGUCCGGCGAAUCAUUUUCUUUGGUGGACAGUCCGAAGGAAUUCCGUUUGAGGCGUUUGGUGAUCUUCAUCUGCUUUGCAUUCAACAAGUGGCUGCUAGUAGCUUGAAUACUCCCCGUGCAGUUUGGGUUCAAACGAAUGUGACGGUACAAGCACCUCCGCCACGAUGCGGGCACGCUGCGACUUUACUUUCAUCUGAUUUGAUACUGAUUACGGGAGGCAGUAUGGGAGUGUCGCCUAUUUUGAAGAUGGAUGUAUUCCUUUUGCAUAUUGAGGGAUGUACUGAUUUUCGAUGGUCAACACCAUCGUGCAGUUCCUUGAUACCAACAGGCCGAUCGCUACACGAUGUUCAUCGAGUCUCAGAAUGCGAAGUGUUCAUUUACAGGGGACGUCAAAUUCGGCAGUCAAAUUGUCUCCUUGACGUACACAAGCUGCAAAUUACUACAGAUAUACAUGGAGGAGGUGAUACCCUCUACUCUAUCAAGUGGACAAAACCUCGGUUACUCGGGUCACUUCCAUGCCCACGGCGAGGCCACAGUACGAACACGAUCGGUCCAAAGCUGCUUCUUUUUGGAGGCCAAAACACGUCUACGGGUCAAUUGGAGAACGACGUGUGUGUGUUAAACAUUCCAGAUUUGAGAUGGAGGCGCUUAGAUGUGCCUGGAAAAGCACCAUGUUCCCGGCGCGGCUUUAAGAAUCAGUUUUUCGGCACGACCGUUGUCAUCUCCAGUGGCUUUGUGCGCUCCAAUCGGGCAGGUAAAGUCGAUUAUCAACUUUCGGACAGCGAUGUCCACGUGCUGUCAUUACUAUAG